UUCAGGCUCAAAUGAAGGGCUUCUUCCUGCGGCCCCCUUCUGCAUGCGUGCGCGGCAUGCGGUGACGGCCGAUGAUGGCCGAUGAUGCGCCAUGGAUGGCUUCUCCCAUGGCUCUUUGGGGUGGCAAAUUCCCAGGCUCCCAGCAGGUUUCUGCAGGGCACGGUGACCUCCACUCUGACCACGGCCACAACGACCAGUGAUCCCUGUAUUUUGGCCCAAGAUGAAUGUGCCUGUGCCGCAGGAAAGGUCUGCGGAUGGAGUGCUUUUGCCAACGGCGGUGGCAUUUGUCAAAAUCGGGGCCGGCCCACAGAGAUCGAUUGCUUUCUGUGCAAUACACAGGAGAAAUGCGCAACAACCAAUUGUCCCCAACUGACAGAUGCCUGUGACUGUGCAGCAGCUGCUGGUUGUGCUUGGGACAUGGGUUUCGGAAUGUGCCUAGUUGCGAGUGUCCAGACAGACUGUCGGGCGUGUCCCACGCAAGCUGGAUGCAAUUUGGAUCCACCAGUUCUCCUUCCGAAUGGCUUCAACCCGUUGAACGGAGGUUCAUAUAGCGGUGGCGCCGAUCUGCAGGUGGUCUUGCAGUUCAACAGGCCGGUCUCGUGGUGUCCAGGUACCGUUGAGGACGAUGAUGCCAUCUUUUGGUGUUCUGGAAGUGUCAACGAUCAAGUGAUACCACGUUCGAAGAUGAGCUUCUUGUCGACCAGGUUGACCAUUGACAUGGCGUGGUACUUGUCUUUCGUGGCCUUGGAGAGCUCAAGGACCUGCGGCGUUGCCAUCGGCGUUGGGAGGCUCUGCGAUCAGGAUGAUUUCGCCUUCAUGGGAUUGAUCAAGGGUGAAUACAGUUUCCAGCUGCUCGACACGGUUGGCCCCACGCUGGACUUUAAUGUCAUCAGUGGGGAAAUCGAUCUCCCGCUGGACGGCGCACUGGAACUGUACUGGAGCGAACCGAUCAGGUUGAAUUCUCCAACACAAUCGGCUCAGCUCAUCAGAUUGGAGGUUGAUGACUUCGGCAUCACCAGACAAAUGGACAACUUCGCCAUUCCACUGCAGGCACCCAACGUGGAGAUUGUCAGCUCGUAUCGCUUGAGGAUUCAUCUUGAGGGUCUUCUGAGUCCCUCCAAACUCUACACGGUCUCACUGCCAAGCGGCGCAGUGACGGACAGCGCCGGGAACCCAGGCAGUGCACUGCCCUCGGGUCGGAUCUACAUCCGUACCGGUGCAGCGGUCGGUGGGUCGACGAGCGUUUCCACCAGCAGCAACGCCGUGGGAGUGGUGAUCGUGAUCGUCUGUGUGGCCGUGUUUUGCAUCUUGGCGGCUGGAAUUGGCUUGGUGAGGCUCUGGCGUCUGCACGCGGAUGCAGCGGUCAACUUCCUGAAUUUGAAUAAGCAGAAGGGAAGGACCAAGGCCAAGUCUGGGCAGCACCUGAGCCCUCCCACGGUGGAGACCGAGAAGAGCGUCCCCUCCUUCGGCGCUGUGAACGCCGCGGCGAAGGCCGCCGAAGAGAGCGCCUACCGCGCUGCUGCAGCGGCGGCGGAGCGGCUGCGCACCAGUGAGGACGAGGCGAGCGGCACCAAGCCAGCCACAAGCGCCGGCGCGGGCGGCACCUGGGCUCAACGGCCUGGCAGCAAGGGCCCUGGGGCUGGCAGUGCAGGUGCAGGAAAUGCAGGCAAUGCCGGUAACACGAAGCCUUCACCCAAAGUUCAUCCAGAACGAGAUGGUUUCAAUGCCGGGAGGGCCAGGAGAUCAAAUCCGAAUGCCGAAGGAGCAGGUGCAGGUGGCAAGGCCGAUGGAGCGAAGGCCACUUCAGCGCCACCGCCUGAUAGCAAUCUUCCGCCCGAGGUCAAGGCAGUAGAAAAGAAACUGCAUGACCUGAUGGAUGCGCCCAUAGCUACCAGACGGAAACUCUUCAAGGAGCUGCUGGUGGAGUUUCACCCUGACAAGAAUUCUUCUUCACAUGCCAAAGAGGUAUUUCAGUAUGUGAACAAUGCUCGCAGCUGGUUCCUGGUCGAAAGCUGAUGCCUGGGCCCGGAAACCACCAAGUAGCUGUGGGGUCGAAAUUCCCAAUCC